UUUCCAAAGGGUUUUUUUUUUCCACGCUUCUCUUAAACGUAUCGAAAGACUUUGUGGGUAAUUGUUUUGUAAGCAGAAAAGCGGGUGACUUACCAGAUAGGAAUGUGAAAUGGACUUAUUUCAAAUAGGUCGUCUGGAUCCAGUGAACUGUGGAACUAGGCUUUUGGAACCUGUGGGCGGGGGUGGGAUGGUUUAGCAGUGGUUUUGUGUAGUUUGGUAAAUAUUGAUUGGGUUAGAAUUUAAGUAGGAGUUUUAUUUUGGGGAAACGGUUGUUAAAACACAACCAGUGAUGGCAAAACUGUGUAUAGGAAUUGAAUGAUUAAAUCUCCAAGGGUUGGAUUUUCUGCAGAGAUUGUUUGGGGAUUAAGGCUGUAGAAGUAAGAUACUUCAAAAUACAGUUAGGGUUUAUUUUCUUUUGGUAGCUAAGCAUGUUUUCUAUUUGGUGUAGGGCUGUAGUAACGUUUUGACCAAGAAAAUAAGCCUGCUCAACAGAAAGGCACACUGCAAGUUCAGUCAUGUGAUGCUGUGAUGAUUUUCGGUCCUUAGAACAGUCGGAGAACUGGUUCUGUAAUUUUCACUGAAGACCAUACAAAAGGGACAGGCAGGCUAUUUUUCCAGCUUUAAAAACAAAAAACUCUUCCUGUUGUUGAAGAUGUUUUAUGAUUCUUGUGGACUUUGAAAAGAAAGCCCAGAGUUUUCUAUACUAGUUUCCUAGUAUGUGAUAUAACAGUUUCCCUGCUUGGAUUACUCUAGAAACCUUUUUUUCUGCCCUCUUUUUCAUCUGCAUCAUAAUCUGGAAAUCCAUCUAAUUGCCUUUAUAUUUUUAAUAACUGUUCUGGUGUUCUUGGCUGAACUGCAGUGGCUGGUAACAUUGUUCUAGAGAAGAACUUGAUCAUUUUAGAGACCUCACCACCUUUAGGUACUAGAGGUGUCUCUAAUUUUGUUUUUAUUUAAAAGUAAUGAUGGGACUUCCCUGGCGGUCCAGUGGUUAAGACGCCGCGCUCCUAAUGCAGGGGGCACGGGUUCCAUCCCUGGUCGGGGAACUAAGAUCCUACAUGCCUCAUGGUGUGGCCAAAAAAAAUUAAAAGUUCAAUUAAGGAGCAAGCACAGUGAAAGGGAAAUGAUGUAAAAUUACCAUGUUAAGCAUUUCAUCACCACUUAUUGACCAAAUAUUGAAGUUCCUUCUCAUUUUUUUUAGCAGCAGUGGACUACCAUUUAGAAAGUUAUUAAUGCAUCAAACUCUUACUGUGUGUAUUAUACUUAGGAAAAUAGUAUAUGCCUCUAUGUUAUAAAGGAAUUUUAUCUCUUGGUCUCUGUUAGAUGCUUUUUCUUAACAGCUUUGGGAUACAGUUCACAUACCAUAGACUUCACCCAUUUAAAAUCACACAACAUGUGGUCUUUUGUGACUGGCUUUUUUCACUUAGCAUAAUGUUUAGGAAAUUAUAUUUAAAAUCUCAUAUAGAACUGACUGAAAUUAUUUUAGUAUUUCAACUGCUGGUAUUUUAAUUGGUGCUAACACUAGGAAUUCUUUAAAAAGCAUUGUGAUUAGCCAUGACACUGUUGCGAAGAAAGGUUGAGGUGGAUUAUCCUGAAUAAUUAGGAAAUGCCAUUUAGGUAGUUGCUGAGACAGCUUUAUUAAGGUAUUAGAGCAGAUUAUCUUUUUUUAUGUGUUUAGAGUUCGUCUUGGUUUUGUUUUGUAAAUAGAAUUCUAGGUUCAAAUUUUGAGUUUUGAAGAGAUAGUAGAGUAUGGCUUUCUUUAUUGUGUACUCUUCAUAAACAUGGGAUGGAGAGUCACCCUAUAAAAUAGUUUGUCUUCCGAAUCUGCUUACUUUAUCCUGAUUUAGAAUUGUGUUAACAGCUUGGUAUUUUUUUAUAGGCUAUGUUUGUUGUUUUUAUAUAGGUCUCAUUGAUAUAGGCUGAUCCAAAAAUCAGAACUAGUUUGCCUAGUAUUUCUUGGAAAGUGCUAAUAAGAUUUAUAGUAAAGAUAUGUCAGUUUUUGUUUUUGUUUUUGGUAUUUGUUCCUGAAACAGUACCUUUACAUUGAAAAAAAGGAAUGUUCUAAAUGAAAUAAAACCACCAUAUCUACGGUCUUUUCACAACAGAUUAGAUUGGCUUUGCAAAGUUCUUAAGUUUUUCAUGAGGAAGUUAAUAUUUGAGGUUAGAGCCUCCCUAUUUUUUCCUCUUCUGUUCUUAAAUUCCCCUUUGUAGAAAACAGUUUUUAGGUUGCUGACAGUUUUUGUUAAGAAAAUGAUAAAGAUCUCCAAAAUGUCUCAAUUUUUUCCUCAAAGCCUACUUUCAGGGUGACUCUAGAGCUAGGUUUUUAAUUGUCUAGCUAAUCACAUAUCCUAGUAAACAUUUCCAGAGACCCCUUUUUUUGCUCUUUCUCUCUGCUUUAGACAGUUCCUAAGGACACUUGAAAACUUAAGCCUUUGUUGACUUUGAAAAAGACUUGUAACAGUCCUUAUUUCCUUUCAAGAUUCAGGAUGGUUUCCUAUCCUUUAAGGUUCAGUUAUUUUGUUUGUGGGUUAUUUCAUUAGUUUUACAGGGCCCCUUAAAAUCCAAUAACAAUGGCCACCAUUGAAUGAUUACCAUGUUGCAGACAAAGCACGAAUUCCUUAACAGUCCAGUGAGGUGUAAGUACCACUGCUGCACUUUACAGUUAAAUGCAGAGGUUAAGUAGUUUGCUUAAGUUAAGUAGCCAGUGAGUGGCAGACUAGGGAUUCAAACCCAGGGUUUCCUUUCUCUUAAAAGUUCUUCCCAGUUAUUUUUGUGCAUAAUAAUUAGUUGUAAUGUCAGAUAAAAAUUUGCAUUCCUAUUUUGAACAUCUGUGUCUAGAGUGGCACUUAGCGUUCAAAAAAAACAGCGAAACAAGUACCAAAUGUGAUUCAUGUGAUUCAUAUGCCAGAGGUAUUUGCUUAAUAACCACAUUUGGAUAAUUUCUACAUUAGCUUGUUUUAAAUGUGUGGAUUCUAGGGAAAAAAUUUUACUCUUUUGAGAUGCUGCCCCUAACAGUUGCACUGAUAAUUAGAUUGUGUGAAAUUAAAUAUUAGUGAAUACUGUUUAUAUGAAAUAUAAUCCUCAAGCUUAAAGGAGUCAAGUGAACAAAUUGUUUUGUUUACAGGGGAGGAGGUGGUGAGGGAAAGGUUUGAAAUAUUCAGGUGAGUAGGAUUCCUACAGCUGCAUAGUGAAAUUUAUAAGAUGUGGUAAGUUUCUGCAGCUGAAGGACUUCUGCAUUAACCUCUUUAAAAUGUUGGGGAAUUUUAAAAGAAAGGAUGAUUGUCUCUUGGGAAGGGAAUUUGGUGGAUGGGUUCUUUUUUUUGGGGGGAAGGAGGGUGUCUGGUACCGUUUUUAAUACUUUUUGAAUGUGAUUGCGUUACUUUUUAAAAAGUUCUGUCUAAAGUAGUGAGUAAACUGGUUUUUAAUAUUACUGUCUUCAGUAAUUUCUAAACAGGUGGCUUCAGAAAACUGAAAGCCAUUCACUUUUGAGUGCCCUUUUAUCUCAGUUUUAAAAGUCAGCCUAAUUAACUCAGUAAUUGUAAAACUUGCUUUUGGGGAGUGUUUAAAUCAGGUUUAAACACAGAUAGGAAUUUUUCCCCCUUAGAAAACAAUUUGGUGUGUUCAGAAUUAUAGUGCAUCUAUUAAGUUGAGACUUUUAAUACCAUUUUUCCAACAUCAAAGGAGAAUACUUAUUGUACUUGUGACUUAGGCUCUUACUGUGAAUGAAUGAUGGUACUAUGUACAACUUUUGGGUAAUUAAGUUUUAAAGAAUUUGCAUAACUAUUCAAGUGAAUAAUAAAACCUGGAAAAUUUGAGAUGUGAGGAAGAGGCUAGAGUUGACAUUAAGAUGACAGGGUGAAGAAAUAGAGUUUGAAGACUGAUGGUGGAAUUAUGUAAGUUUUCUUAAAAUUGGUUAAUAUAUAAUAUUUGAUACUUAGAAAUUCAGUACUUUGGUGGGGGGGGGGGUUCAGGUUUCACUGCCUUUUCGCAGUCUUUUUGUCUACCCCCAAAUAGAAGGUGUUGUACCGUUGUAUCGUGAUGCUGUCACUGAAGUCACUGAACCAUAGUUAACAUUUCCUGUUGUGCACCCACUGAGAGGUGUUUCUUCAGUACCUCUGGCAAGAGUGUAUUUUGAUUGACUGCUUUAUGUGCUUGUUUAUUUUUUAUAGCAUUUAAAUCAAACGGUAUUGAGAUGGAUUGGGUUAUGAAACAUAAUGGUCCAAAUGACGCUAGUGAUGGGACAGUACGACUUCGUGGACUGCCAUUUGGUUGCAGCAAAGAGGAAAUAGUUCAGUUCUUUCAAGGUAUAUUGAGAUCUUCAGAAGUAGCAGGAGUGAAAUCAAAGGAUUUUAUGAUCCACCAAGAAGAUUGCUGGGCCAGCGACCGGGACCAUAUGAUAGACCAAUAGGAGGAAGAGGGGGUUAUUAUGGAGCUGGGCGUGGAAGUAUGUAUGACAGAAUGCGACGAGGAGGUGAUGGAUAUGAUGGUGGUUAUGGAGGUUUUGAUGACUAUGGUGGCUAUAAUAAUUAUGGCUAUGGAAAUGAUGGCUUCGAUGACAGAAUGAGAGAUGGAAGAGGUAUGGGAGGACAUGGCUAUGGUGGAGCUGGUGAUGCAAGCUCAGGUUUUCAUGGUGGUCAUUUUGUACAUAUGAGGGGAUUACCUUUCCGUGCAACUGAAAAUGACAUUGCUAAUUUCUUCUCACCACUAAAUCCAAUCCGAGUGCAUAUUGAUAUUGGAGCUGAUGGCAGAGCAACAGGAGAAGCAGAUGUAGAGUUUGUGACACAUGAAGAUGCAGUAGCUGCCAUGUCUAAAGAUAAGAAUAACAUGCAACAUCGAUACAUUGAACUCUUCUUGAAUUCAACUCCUGGAGGCGGCUCUGGAAUGGGAGGUUCUGGAAUGGGAGCCUAUGGCAGAGAUGGAAUGGAUAAUCAGGGAGGCUAUGGAUCUGUGGGAAGAAUGGGAAUGGGGAACAAUUACAGUGGAGGAUAUGGUACUCCGGAUGGCCUGGGUGGUUAUGGCCGUGGUGGUGGAGGCAGUGGCGGUUACUAUGGGCAAGGUGGCAUGAGUGGAGGUGGAUGGCGUGGGAUGUACUGAAGCAUAACCACCGAUAUAAAAGUCCUGACAACAGCAUCUGGUCUACUAGACUUUCUUACAGAUUUAAUUUCUUUUGUAUUUUAAGAACUUUAUAAUGACUGAAGGAAUGUGUUUUCAAACUAUUAUUUGGUAAAGCAACAGAUUGUGAUGGGAAAAUCUGUUUUCUGUAGGUUUUAUUUGUUGCAUACUUUGACUUAAAAAAAUAAAUUUUUAUAUUCAAACCACUGAUGUUGAUACUUUUUAUAUACUAGCUAUUCCUGAGGAUGUGCUGCUUUCAUAAGAUUUGGGUUGAUGUAUUUUACUAUUAGCUGUACAAGAAGUAGUUUAGUGUAAUCUUAGAGGACAGUGGUUCACCUCUGCAUAAACUACAAGUCUUAAUAAGCAGACAUCUAGAAUAGAGCUUGGAAAAUAAUUAGUGUAACUCUUUAAUAAUUUCUCCUUGACAAUACUGUAAAUAUAAAACCUUAAAGAUGAAUUUAGGUGGCUUCAGGAGUAUAAAUUCAGCUAAUUCUAUAUUAUUCUUUUUCAAAAGUCAUUUAUCAGGCAUAGCUCUGAAAUGUUAAUGAUCUAAGAGGUAUCUGGCUAUAUGAAUAUUCAUAAUUGUGUUACCUGCAGAUGGGAGUGUUUAAAGUUUAAAUUCUAGCCCUAGAUUUUAGAAUAAAUCCCCUCAGCACUUGACUGACGUACCAAAAAAAUGUUACCCAAAAGUGAUAGUUGUAAGUUCUCAAAAUGUCUUAGACUAAGUUAAGGUUCUCAGUGACAUGAGCAUUCAGUGCAAGUACAAAGAUAUUUACCAUGGAGUAUAAUUAAUUCUCACAGAUGUAUUUUCAGUUUCCAGCCCAGUAGUUAAAGCAUAUGGUUUUUUAAUAACAACUGUAUAGAUGACUACUUUAAAAAAAAAAAUGUAAGACACAAGUCCUGUCUUGAGAGUCUUGAGAUUGGAUUUUGCAUCUGAUGAUAUGUUUGGAGUUUUAGAGCCAUUGUGUUAAAAAAUUAUAUGUAGCAAGGAAAAGGUGCUUUUUUACUUUUAAUCCCUUUGAUCAAUAUGGCUUUUUUCCAAAUUGGCUAAUGGAUCAAAAUGAAACCUGUCAAUGUGAAUUCAGUUAUUGAACUUGUUACUUGUUUUUGCUAGAAAUGUUAUUAAUGUAAUAAAUAUCAUUGUGGGAGAUAAGAGUAA